UCUCGCUCUCAAAUGCACAACACAUCCAUGCGAGACAGAGAUGGCGAAACCGAAGCCUUCGAAGGUCGAGAAGCAGAAGGCGAAGAGCAACGAGGGCACGAAGACGCUCGCAGCGAAGGGAGCGGAGAUGAUGCCGAUGGCACUUGAAGCAAGCGAUGCUCAGGUGAAUGGUGAUCGUUGUCCACGUCUAUCUGUCUUUAUGGCUGAUCCCAUUACAGAAGAAGCCACUCGGACUGCUCGACCUUCCCCCUGAGCUGUGGGCAAACAUCUGCAAGCUUGUCGUGCAAGAAACACGUUCUAUCAUCCUGAAGCCCGGCAAACACUGCCCGGUCGUUGUGCGUCAACCUGGCAUCACAAAGGUCUGCCGCGCCAUCCGGGAGGAGAGCCUUCCACAUUUCUAUCGCGAGAACCAGUUCUGCUAUCUCCACCGAAUCAGCUUCCUCGGCUCUCGGAGGGAUGUCUCGAACGCGACCGUGCGGAAUGUCAACGCGCGUCUCUGCGUGCCAACAUGGGACGUUGACUUCUGGACAUGCGAAGUGGGUGUGGAGGCAAGGAUCAUAGGAUCUGCGGAGGCGCUGGCGGCGAUACACCUGGAGCUGGACAUUAUCACUGGUGACGAAGAAGGGGCUUUGGAGGUGAGGGGGCUGCUUGUGCGGGCGGUCAUGUCGAGGGAGUAUGGUUGGCUGCACAAAGGACUUAGACAGCUUGCAGCUGGGCGUCAGUAGGCAUGAUGCGGAUGAGCGUCAAGGCGUUUCGUUGAAGUAGCGAAUGUAUGUCCUUCAGCGUACCUCUGUCU